AUGGACAGUCUAGUGAGUAAUGUAGUAAAAAAGAAACAUAAUAAGAAGUCUCCAAAACAUAGGAACGCCACUAAAGGCUCUAAAAAAACAAAGAAGGAAGCAGAAAAGCCUGUUGGUCACAAUAGCAAGGCAUUCACAUUUAGCGGAGGUAGAAGGUCUGUACAUAGACGCGUUCAGCACGCUAGUGAAGUUUUAGAGAAGCGUUUACACAAACCAAAGAUACAUAAAGAUGCACAGGUUCCACCUCCGCUGGUUGUCGUGGUACAAGGUCCAAAGGGUGUAGGAAAAAGUACCUUGAUAACGUCGCUCGUUAAGCAGUUUGCCAAACGCAAUAUUUCAAGUAUAAAUGGACCGAUUACAUUUGUAUCAUCUAAAAAUCGCAGGUUAACGAUUGUAGAGUGUGGAAACUCAAUGAUAGAUAUGAUAGAUUGCUCAAAAAUUGCGGAUAUUGCCAUCGUAAUGAUUGAUGCAGAAUAUGGAUUUGAAAUGGAAACCUUUGAAUUCGUGAACAUGAUGCAAACACAUGGAUUCCCUAGGAUUAUUGGCUUGUGUACUCAUUUAGACAAUUUCAAGGAUAAUAAGACCUUGCGUAAAACCAAGAAAGUUCUUAAAAAACGUUUCUGGUCUGAAAUAUACGAUGGAGCUAAAAUGUUUUAUUUUAAGGAUCUACAAUACGGCAAAUAUAGAAAGAAUGAUGUGAACAAGCUAUGUAGAUAUCUGAUAUCGCAAAAACCUGCAACUAUUUCAUGGAGACUUUCCCACCCAUACUCAAUAGGAUUACGUUUCGAAGUAUUAGAUUCCAAAUCUGAUAAAUCUAGCUCAGAUGACUCUACAGUAAAAUGUAUAUUCUACGGAUAUAUUUAUGGAGGGAAAUUAAAUACUAAUCAAGGAGUCCACAUCCCAGGUGCAGGAGACUUUAUAAUAGAAUCUAUCACAAAUUUCCAAGAUCCAUGUGAAAUAGAUACAGAAAUUAGGACAUUGAAGGAUAAAAACAGAAAUAUUUAUGCCCCUUAUUCCGAUGUUGGCAACUUAAUUUUAGAUGACGAUGCAAUGUAUAUUCAACUUUACAAUACCAAAGAACACUUUACUCAGCUACCUAAUGAGGAUCCAUCUAGUGUUUCUGAUGCUGUAAAGAUGGUAAGAGAAUUACAACAACACUCUGAAGUAAAUAAAUCAAGUGCACCUAUUGAAAUAAUACCAGGGCUGGAAGCUAACGCUGAAGAAUUUGCUGUGGAAGAUAGUGACACAUUCGACAGUGAAGAUUCAGAUACAGAGUCUGUAUCAUCGUCUGAAAAUUUAUCUGAAUCAUUGGAAUCUACACUUUUAGAUGAUAUUAGUAAUAGGGUAUAUCGCGGUGAUAUGGAAGAAGAUUUGCACUUUAAAGACUUUUCUAAAGUACUCAAAGAUUCCCUGAAGAAAAAUUGGGAUGUUGAAUCGCUCCAGGAACUCAGAAAUGCAAAAUUUAUCAACCUAAGUGAUGAAAUUGAUGAAAAUGAAAAUGAACUACCAGAUAAUGGUGAUGAAGAUAACGAGAAAAUGGAUAGACUAAGGGAGAUGGAAGAAAAAAAAAUGUAUAGUGAAACUUUAGAACUAGAAAAUCUGGGUAAUGUAGGUCAAUUCGUAAAAAUAUGUAUAAGUGGAAUUCCAAAGUCCUUUAUUGAAAACAUUGACAUGGCUAGUCAUCCUAUAAUUAUAGGAGGGCUGCAACAAUCUGAAACAGGUUGCGGAUUUUUACAACUAAAAAUAAAGAGACAUAGGUGGCAUCCAAAGAUACUUAAGACCAACGAUCCUCUUUUGUUUUCAGUUGGAUGGAGGCGCUUCCAGUCACUCCCAAUAUAUUGUAUGGAAGAUAGGAACCAAACAAGGACCAAAAUGCUAAAAUACACACCUGAACAUCUACAUUGCUUUGCUAAUAUAUAUGGACCAAUGGCACCACCAAAUUUUGGUAUACUCGCAAUCAGAAACUGGGAAAGAGUUAAGAAUUAUAGAAUAUCAGCAAGUGGCGUAAUUAUAGGAACAAACCAAAACUUUAAAAUAGUAAAGAAGCUUAAGCUUCUUGGAGAACCAUACAAGAUAAUGAAGAAUACAGCAUUCAUAAAGAAAAUGUUUAAUUCAGAACUGGAAGUUAUAAAGUGCAUUGGGUCAAAGAUACAGACAGCAUCUGGUAUAAGAGGUCAAAUUAAAAAGGCUGAAGAUAAAAAUGGAUCAUUCAGGGCAACAUUUGAAGAUAGAAUAUUAAUGUCUGACUUGGUAAUAUUAAAGUCAUAUGUCUCUAUAGAAACAAAACGAUUCUUCAAUUUAAUGGUGGAUCAUUCUUUCAGAAGAGUGAAAAAUAUUUCUGAACUAAAACCCGCAGAUGUCAAUAGAGAUUCUGUUUAUGAAAAGAAGGAACUCUUGAGAAGGCCUGCAAGACAUUUCAACGAGAUUAAAGUUCCAAAGCCUAUCAUUGAAAAACUUCCAUUUUCUGCUAGACCAAAGGUGUUUGAAAAGGCCUCCACAGAAGAAGUUAGAAUGGAUCCAUCAGAACGUGAAAAAACAAUUGCAACUAUGCUUCAACGUGUACAUACUAUACGUAAGCAUCGCUUGAAAAAACGUUUGGAACUAUUAAAGCAACACAAAAUUAAAAAGGCUGUUCAAAACGAAAAGGCAGAAGAAAUCAGAAAGAGUAAGCUUAGAGAAGUAAAGAAAGAAAAGUAUCGCAAACAAGGACUAAAGGAAACAAUAAAGAAAAGAGAGUUGUUACUAUAG